AUGGCCGACGAGUUCCCUGAGAUGCAGUACCGAACCCUCGGGCUGACCGGUUUAAAGAUCUCUGUAAUUGGAUUUGGUGGAUGGCUCACCAGGCAGGGAAGUCUUGCGGAUAAAGACACUGCAUUUGAAUGCAUAAAAUGGGCAUACGAUUUGGGUGUGAACUUUUUUGACACAGCCGAAGGCCAUCCAGCCGCUCUGUCGGAGACCUUCCUUGGGCAGGCGAUCAAAAGAUUUGGUUGGAAACAAACUGAUCUUGUUAUAUCCACAAAGGUUAGUAGAGAGAGAGCCUGUGUGCGUCCCUUGCUGCUGUUCAGCAUAAGCGAGGUCCUUCAGGAGCAGCUGAAUGCUUACGGGUUUAUAAUAUAG